UUUUUUUCCAGAUGAUUGUCGCUGCAGAGGCAGGGAUCGUGGUUCGAGAGAUGACUAUUCUCCAAGACGUCCCAUCUCAAGGUCACCCGGGCGGUCCAUCUCAAGGUCACCAAGACGUCCUAUCUCAAGGUCACCUGAACGGUCCGUCUCCAAGUCACCAAGGCGUCCCAUCUCCAAGUCGCCAAGAUGUUCCAUCUCCAAGUCGCCAAGACGUCCUAUCUCAAGGUCACCUCCUCCACGGGAUGAGAGGGACUAUGGAUCUGAACGAAGGUCACUUAGCCCUCCACCAGCCAAAGUUCGAAGUCGAUCAAGAUCUCAUGAAGAGGACCACAGGCCAGAUCAGAGGUCACCUAGCCCUGAGUCUAAGGUUCAUAGUCCACCAAGGUCCUCGCGUGAUGCGAGGGACUAUGUAUCGAAUAGAAGGUCACCGAGUCCAGGAGUUAAUGGUCCGAGUCCCUCUAAAUCUCGUUCACCCAGCCGCAGUCCAUGAUAUAACUUCGAGACACGACGAAUGGGCUGAUCAUAGCAUGGAUUUCGCUAGUGGACGAACUUGCUACUGGUGUUUCCUGGAAGCUAGCUUGUAAUAUUUUUUUUUCAGUUGCAAGAACAAUAAGCACAGUUAGGUUUUUAUAUUGAUUUUCUUCCUGUGUGAGAUUAAAAUAUGUAACUAGAAUGCUUCCAUGAAGGCUACUUUUAUGGAUGCUAAAAUUUUCCAUUU